AUGAACGAGCUGCAGACUCUCACAACUUUGCAGCCUUCAGCGGUCGUCUCAACUCGCGUCUCGCACUCCCUCGACAGAUGUUCCACGCGGUCCUCCAUUCUUUCCCAUCCGAAGCUGUCACACAAAGUCAAGGGCAUCUGCAAGGUCGCGCGUAAGGCCGGCUUCCGCCUCGUCUGGAACGACGCAUGCUGCAUCGACAAGUCGAGCAGUGCCGAACUCUCUGAGGCGAUCAACUCGAUGUACGACUGGUUCCGACUCUCGGACAUGUGCUACGUCUACCUCCAAGAUGUUGCGGACGGCGAUAGACCCCAGGAAGCCCAGUCCGAUUUCCGGAAGAGCCGAUGGCACACCCGCGGUUGGACGCUGCAGGAGCUCAUCGCGCCCGAGUGCGUCGAGUUUCUAACGCAGACUUGGCAAUUUCUGGGCACGAAGCUGGGGCUUGCCUCGACUUUGGAGGAGAUAACCGGAGUCGACGUCAAUAUUCUCACAGGCCGAGCCACCUUGAACUCUGCUAGCGUUGCGCGGAGGAUGUCAUGGGCGGCGAAGCGAGAGACGACGCGCAUCGAGGACCAGGCGUACUCGCUCAUGGGUAUUUUCGGCGUCCACAUGCCGCCUAUAUACGGCGAGGGCAACAACGCCUUCCUGCGUCUCCAGGAGGAGAUAAUCCGGACUAUCCCCGAUCAGACCAUAUUUGCCUGG